AAAGGUCUGCAGCUCAGACAAGGUCAGUGGAAACUCUGGUUGCUUUUCAAGAGGUAGCUUACCCAAGCUACAUUUCACCAAGACAAACCAGGAAGUGAGCAAAGAAGGCAAAGGAAAGAAAGAUAAAGCGAACACAGACCAGCAAGUAAGGCAAGGCAAGGAAAAAAAGACAAACCAUUAAAGAAAGGAAAAGAAAACCAGGCAAGCCAAGACAAGGAAGUAAAAAUUAAACUAAGCUACGAGUCUGCAAUAUGUCUGAGACUGAGUCUGAGUCUGAGUCUGAGCACUCUGGUGAGACUUCAAACACAAAGGAGGCCAAGGCCAAAAUCACCCGUUCUUCCCGGGCUGGGCUGCUGUUCUCUGUCAGUCGCAUAGACAGACUGCUGCGCAAAGGACAAUUUGCAGACCGUAUUGGAGCUGGAGCACCGGUCUACAUGGCUGCAGUGCUUCAGUACCUGACUCACGAGAUUAUGGAUAUUGCUGGGGAAGUCGCUGCACGCAGCAAGAAGCGUCGGAUUUCCCCGCGGCACUUGCAGCUGGCCAUCCACAGCGACUCAGAGUUCAAGAAACUGCUGGGAGGUGUCAUCAUCUCUCAGGGCGGGGUCCUGCCCUUAAAUCAGGCUGUGCCUUUACCUUCCAAGAAGAGAAAUGGCAGGAGAUCCAUCAAGAGACGGAUUGCCCCUGCCUCUGUCUCGGUUAAGUGAGAAGAGAACAAAGGAGAGAGUGCCACCCCAGACUUGAGAGAACUGGCACUAACUUGUUGCAAGGCUCUUUUCAAAUGCCUCAGUAUAGUCUAAUAAAAGCGGUUAAAAUGCCA